AUGGAAUUGCUACCCGAGGGACAGAAGAAUACCACCGAGGUGUCGUGGGAAGACCAGCAGAAGAUCAACGAGUUCUCCAAACUGAUCGGAAGAAAGGACGAUUUGGAACAGCAACUGGCGGGCCAGAGGCAAGAAAAAGAAUAUCUUGAUGAUGUGGCACUAGAAAUUGAACUUGUGGAUGAAGAUGAAAGACUCAACUACAAAGUUGGCGACACCUUUGUUCUGCUUAAGCAGGAGCAGGCCGUGGAAAUGCUUGAACAAGACACCGCAGCUAUAGAUGCCAAAAUUGAAAAACUCGAGUCUGCUGAUGAAGAACUUGAUCUACGACUCAAAGAGCUCAAAGCUCAAUUGUAUGCGCGGUUUGGAACUGCCAUCAAUCUUGAACGUUAG